CCUAUCUCCUAGCCGCCAUUAAAAGGACCAUAACUCUCUCACAAGUUUAAUUUCCACUCCCAAAUUCCUCGUUCCAACAAUAAAUGAAACUAGCUAGCCAUGUCUAUGAGGAUAAAGAAAAUGUUUUUGCUGCAAUUGGUGCUGGCUGCAAUAGAGGUGCUACUAGUAUCAUCCCAAACAGUGGAUAUUACAAGAGAGGGUUGCCAAGACAAAUGUGGCAAUGUUAGCAUUCCCUACCCGUUCGGAACAAGAGGGGGUUGUUACCAUGAUGAGGAUUUCCUCAUUACUUGUAAUAGCACAAGUUAUAACCCUCCAAAGCCAUUUCUGAGAAAGGGUAACAUUGAGGUCACAAACAUAUCCAUUGAUGGUAAGUUGAAUAUCAUGCAAUACAUAGCUCGAGAUUGCUACGAUUCAUCUGGUUUCCGUAUCAAGAAAAAUUCUGCAUCGACCCGCCUUUCAAAAUUCAUCAUCUCCAACACCGAUAAUAAGUUCAUUGCAGUUGGAUGUGACACUUACGCAGGAAUCCAAGGCUUCCAGGGCAAAAUCAUGAAGUACACAGGUGGCUGCAUAUCGACAUGUGACAGCAUUGAUUAUGUUGCCAAUGAUUCAUGUUCCGUUAUAGGGUGUUGCCAGACAUCAAUUGCUAAAGGUGUGAGCCAUUUUGAUGUGUUUUUGCACAGUUACCAGAAUCAUACCGAUGUUUGGUCUUUCAAUCCAUGCAGCUUCGCCUUUAUUGUGGAAGAAAGCAAGUUCAACUUCUCCAGAGCUAUGCUCAUGGAUUUAAAGGAUGUAACAGUACUUCCUGCUGUGCUUGAUUGGUCAAUUGGAAAUGAGAAUUGCAAGCAAGUUGAAGGCAAAAUGAUAGCUGGCAGCGCGUGCCAGGGGAACAGCACAUGUGUUGAUGUCGAAAAUGGGUCUGGAUACCGAUGCAAGUGCAAGGAUGGUUAUCAAGGGAACCCGUACCUCUCUAAUGGUUGUCAAGAUAUUGAUGAAUGUGAGGAUCCAAAACUCAGUAACUGUGCACAAAAAUGUGUAAAUACAGAGGGAAAUCAUUACUGUUCUUGCCGCAAAGGGUACCAUGGCAAUGGUAUAGCAGGGGAAGAAGGUUGCAUAGCUAACAGAACAUUAGUUGUUCAAAUCACUGUUGGAAUUGCUGUCGGCCUUAUAUCGUUGCUAACGUGUUGCUCUUGGCUAUAUCUCGGCUACAGAAGAUGGAAACUCAUGAAGCUGAAGGAGAGAUUCUUCAGACAAAAUGGAGGAUUAAUGUUACAACAACAACUUUCAGAACGACAAGGUGGUGCCACUAACCAAACUGCAAAAAUCUUUACUGCAGAAGAACUUGAGAAGGCCACCAACAACUACCAUGAGACUAGAAUCGUUGGCAAAGGAGGCUACGGUACAGUGUACAAAGGAAUUUUAUCAGAUGGAAGAGUAGUUGCAAUCAAGAAAUCCAAAUUAGUUGAUCAAAGCCAAAUAGAGCAAUUCAUUAAUGAAGUACUGGUGCUUUCCCAAAUCAAUCACAGGAAUGUGGUGAAGCUUUUGGGUUGUUGUUUCGAGACAGAAGUCCCACGACUAGUUUAUGAGUUUGUCACCAAUGGAACGCUAUUCGACUACAUCCACAACAAAAGCAAGGCAUCCAACUUUGCUUGGGAAACUCGUUUAAGGAUAGCUGCAGAAGCUGCUGGAGUGCUAUCAUACUUGCACUCAGCUGCUUCUGUCCCUAUUAUCCAUAGAGAUGUCAAGUCCACAAAUAUACUUUUAGAUGAAACCCUCACAGCAAAAGUGUCUGAUUUUGGUGCCUCCAGAUUGGUACCGUUGGAUCAAACUGAGUUAUCGACAAUGGUACAAGGCACGCUCGGGUACUUAGACCCUGAAUACUUUCAAACAAGCCAGUUGACUGACAAGAGUGAUGUCUAUAGCUUUGGGGUUGUCCUUGUGGAGCUACUAACAGGAAAGAAGGCGCUUUCGUUCGACAGGCAAGAGGAGGAUAGAAAUCUAGCAAUGUAUUUUCUUUCCGCACUGAAAGAAAACCGCUUGGUACAAGUGGUUGAUGAGUGUGUUCUGAAUGGGGCAAAUGACAAGCAGCUCAAGGAAGUUUCUAACCUUGCGAAGAGGUGUUUGAAAGUGAAAGGAGAAGAAAGACCAACCAUGAUGGAAGUAGCAAGCGAGCUUGAGGGACUAAGAAGGAUGGCAAUGCAUCAUCCCUGGGUUAAUAAUGAUGAAUCCAAUGCACAGGAGAAUGAAAGCUUGCUUGGUGAAAUAUCACUGGAAACGUUUAGUCAUGGAGGUGGUGGCGAUACGAGUUCUGGGUAUGAUACAAUGAGGAACCACAUCAUAUUACCAGUAAAUGAUGGGAGAUAAUUGUGUUAUUGUUUUGCUAGGCCUGCUGAGUCUAUUCUAUUGAAAUGCUUGAACAGUAUUAGGCAAAAAGCAAUGCAAGGAUGAAGUGUUCAAUAAAAAAUAAUUUACUUUUUC